AUGAUGGCUCAAGGAGCCUCUUUCUGUGCGCCGUGCCCCAUCCGGGAAGUGGAGAGCAGGGAAGCGCAUGCGCUACUGGAAGCUGUUGGCGGAGAUGCAAAGAGCGCCGAGUUUUGGGAGCGCUUGGAGGUUCAAUGCCAGGCUGAGGCUCAAACUCUGCUGGAACCUUCCUUGGACUCCAUUUGGGAGAUGCUCCGUGAGGGGGAGGAGAUGAUGCAGCUUGCGCAGGCUACCCCGAACGUCGUGAAGUCUACUGAGUCUACGAAGUUUACCGUGCUGACCUUGGGAGUUGGAGUGGCAAGUGCCAGGACUUCGAGCUUCCUUUGGUCAAAGCCGGAGCUCCUCAACUCGGCAGGUCUCCCAGGCUGCAUCCCGAUCAGAGGCGUUUUCGUCGCCGCCUCCUUGGCAGCCGGCGUUUCCGCGGCCAAGGCCAUGUUUGCGCGCUGUUAA